AUGUCUCCUUUCGUUGCCGAUUCUCACCCUGGAGAUAGAGUAACACCGAAUGGACCAUCCGCUCCCUCUAUGCAAGGAAUUCCCCAACUGGGUAUUAGUGGACAUGGAAUCUAUAGCGCUGGCCGAGCACCCAAACCGAAACACGCUAUUCCUCUAGAAGCUAGCAUUUCCCAAGCUAACGUGAUCAUCCUUGUCAUUCUAGCAAACUUCGCCGCACGUACCGAUGUAACUGGAAAAACUGCACUGGCGUGUUCUCCCAAAAGGGAAGUUUCAAUCGUCAUAGGGAAAAGAACGAGAAAUGGCGAAGCCUAUACACCCGCCGAGGGCACAGGCCGGAUUACCACCAGAGAGGUGUGGAAGCUCAUCGAUAACCUCAAGGAUAUCAUCCAUCGCCAAACCACGCUCAUCGAAUCCACCAAAGCCGACCUAGAAGAGGUCAAGCACGACCAGAACGUCCUCCGAGAGCAGAACGACAGGCUCCAUGAAGGAGUCAGGGCUCUAAGAGCACAAAUCGAAACCAGCCCACAACCAAACCCGCCCAGAACUUGGGCAGCGAUAGCAGCCAGCGGUACCGGUGACCCGCAACCAAGCCUCCAACGACCCGAAAAGGACCGGAACUGCGUCCGCAUUAGCACACAGAGAUUAUCGGUAGAUCCGAGAGAUAAUGAGAGUAGAGAAGGGAACAGUUUCGGGCGAUACCUCUCUACCGACUCGGCUAACACCUAUAUCCGUUCAGCGCUGUUAAGCGCACCUCCAACUCAAGAUGCACAAGUUGCCGGCAUUGGCACCACUAAAACGGGAUACUUACUGGUCAAGCCGCGAUUCGGCGUCGUAGUGCACCGCACUCCGACUGAAAACUUCGACCUAGAGAAUGCGAACUCUCAAGCCAUUCAAACAAUUAUGGAAGAAAACGACCUAGCCGAACAAGGCUUCCAAAUCGAAGAGUUAGCAUGGCUUAAGCGGAAAGAUAAAGUUCUGGGGAAGUUCGCGUCGCUUGGUAUCUGGUUUGACCCUGCAGAAGGAGCAGAAUACAUCCUCAACAAUGGUCUCCUUGUUGGACAAAGAUAUAUCGGUAGCGUGGAACGCCGCGAGAUCAAGAAAAAGAGGAAACACCACGUUGUGGACAUUGUGCGGGUCAACACGAGCGGCAACGAUGCCCUCCAGGGAUCAGGGCCAAAUGCCUGGAUUGUAGCGGUGAACACCCAACUGUUGAACAUCAUGAAAUCGGGACCCAGGAUGGAAGCACUCAUCAAUGACCACCAAACCCAAAACUUGGAUGUACUUCUGAUCCAAGAGCCCUCGAUCACCACCUACCAAACACAUGUCAAUCACAGCGCCUGGCGGCUAUACCGACCAACCCCCGAGACCGGCGCAGAUCGAUUCCGGAGUCUAAUCUACGUCAACCAGCGAAUCUCAACGUCUUCACACCGGCAGAUUCUUUGCAACCACCCAGAUAUCGCCGCCGUCAAAAUCUGGACAGCCGACACUCAACUCCUCCUCUUUUCUGUUUAUAUCCCAUCUGUCCCGCUGGGCACGUCAGAUAGUGCGUCGCCAGAACCAGCAUUCACCGCCAUCCAAAACACGAUCACAGCUGCUCUACGCGAUGGUCGACGGCCCACAAGUAUCGUUCUCGCAGGAGACUUUAACCGCCAUCACCCAACCUGGGGCGCGACAUACUGGGCUCUGAAUGACCCCGGGAGGAACUCCACCAUUGACCAGACGGUGACGAACCGACCAGACCUACUUAUCAAAUGCCAUCUCUACCACGACAACUACGGGUCGGACCACCGUGCCACGUACUCGGAAUGGAAUCUCCAAGCUCAGUGUAAGCCCGCCACCAAAGCAAGGAAAGCGUACGACCGGGCGGAAUGGAACAAGAUCGGCGAGGAGGUGUUGCGGCAAAUCGGUCCGUGGAAAGAAAUCAAAACACGAGCAGCACUAGACGAGAUGGUGCAGAAACUCAUAGAAACAACAACCGCAGCCGUAGAUCGGUAUACGCCUGACGUACGACCGACUCCGUAUUCCAAGCGAUGGUUUACCCCGGACCUCAAGGUUCAACAAAACAAGGCCAACCAGCUUCGCCGAAAAUGGCAGGAAUCCUGUGCCCAACUUGGACGAGAACAUUCUUCAUCUUUUUCCCGCAAUAGAGGAGAUGUCUCGAGGGUUGCGCCGUUGCGAUAG